AUGGCGGACUUGUUUAAUGCGUACGGACGAAUUGCACCAAGGGGUCAAAUUUUCAAACCAACAAUUGCAGCCCUUUUCUUAAAAACCAUGCGCCUGUUCCGCUUCUCUACCUCCUCUCUUCUUGCCCUCCUCUCCUCCGUCGUGGUGACAUCCGCCUUGACGGUCGUUAUUCCCCCUUCAAAUCUUCUUCCCAACCCCAAUGCUCUCCCAUCCGGCACGCACGCAACUCUUACGUCCAUACCACCGUCAACGCAAUCUAAGACUGGCCAUGUCUCUCCUCAUUCAUUGACCGCCCCGCUGACGCGCUCCGCGACCUUCAUCCUCCAGGACCUGGACUCCACGGGAAAGCCCGAGUCUUACCUGCUUGAUAUCCGAUCCGCAGAAUACGUUUUCACACCCUACCGGGUCGAUGUCGCUGCAGACGGUACGGUGCUGGGCGUUUGGGAGACGUUUCGUGGGAACCCAUGGGAGAACCGUGGCGCGGAGAGAUACGUCCUCGAUGCUACUUCUGUCGAUGCGGCCAAGUUGUCUGAAGUGGUAGUGGAAGCUAAAGUGCUAGCUAGAAGAGGCUUCUACGAGGAACGAUCUAAAUGUGAGCAUCCCUGGGAAGGAGGAGUCUUCAGUGUGAAGUACGCUUGUUGUUUUCAAGACGCUCAUGGAUUUAUCGAUUUAGUCUCGCCUCUUGCUUUGUUUAAGAACCCUAUGAUCUUGCUCGCCCUAGUAGCUUUGGGGUUUACAUUCGGAAUGCCGAAGUUGAUGGAGAAUAUGGAUCCCGAGAUGCGUGCCGAAUUCGAAAAACACUCUCGGGCUUCUCCUAUCUCCGGUGCAACUCGGAGUGCUAUCACCGGUGGCGGUGCACCAGGCAACUUCGAUUUCGCAGGGUGGAUGGCUGGCGCCCAUCCAAAACCAGCAGGUUCAGAGCCCGCUGGCCUCCAGGGAGUAGCGACUGGCAGGGAAGGUGGAAAUGCACGAAGACGAGGAUAA